AUGAGCAGCCUCCUCGAGACGGCCCCCAAGGUCUUCGUCGACGAGGUCUUCCGCCCCAUGAUCGCCUACGUCUACCAAGACCCCAUGGAGACGACGUUGCCGGACGAGCUAAAGGAGGUCGUCUGCGCUACGGAUGCGAAUCGUCGACGAAGCUUGGGUCGGAUCGCCAUGGAAGAGCUCCUGCAUGCAGCCAGCUUUCUUGCGAGAGAUGAAGAGCGUCUUGUCGAUGCGAUUGCGGCGUACUGGGACAUCUGCAGCGUUGCGACGGACGACAUGUCAUGGUUCAUUGACCACGUGCUCGACAUGAAGCUCGCGAAGAAGUCCAAGCGCCAGCUUCUACAGUGUAUCGCCGAGUCGGACGCCUCCGACGACGCCAGACGCGACUUCUUCGUCAUCAUGAUGCAAUCCGACUCGCUCAGUGAUACCCGCGAGCAAGCGCUAAAGCACUUGGCCACGAUGGAUCUUGUCCACGCAUCAGCCAUCCAUGCGCUGGCCCACCAGCUCCGGGACAAGUCGAAGCGCGUUCAACGGCUCGCCUUCAUCACGCUCCUCUCUAUCGCCCCCGAAAUGGUCGUGGGUCACCUCGAGUCGAUGCUCAUGACGCAAACCAUGGGCCUUCUCUGUGUGCUGGGUCAAGACUUGGCAUCCAAGGGCGACCACGAACUCCUCGCUCGCUUGCUGGUCGUCUACUGCACGUGGCCCCAACACACCAUGCAAGCAACGUGUUCCAAGCUUCUGGCACUCGACGCGUACCCGAGUCUGUUAUUGCAAUCUCUCGUCCGGGACCACAUUCAGCGUCUCGUCAAACCAAACGACUGA